UCUUGUAGUAGCAGUCUUGUUGUACUGAAAAUGAGCCUAACCAGGAUAAGUAAGUUAGGUUUGGGGGCCGUUAUCGUGGUAGCGAUAGUUGGUCUAACACUUGGAUUAGUGCUCGGAUUGGAAAAUUCUAGUGUACAGAAUGAGGAUGAACGGUCCUUCACCAUCGAUUAUGACCGGGACACAUUUGUGAUGGAUGGCAAAGAUUUCAGGUACGUGGCUGGAUCAUUUCACUACUUCAGAGCCUUACCACAAACGUGGCGUUCAAAGCUAAAAACACUGCGCGCGGGAGGACUCAACGCCGUUGAUCUAUAUGUGCAAUGGUCACUGCAUAAUCCGAAGGAGAACCAGUACGUGUGGGAUGGCAUAGCUAAUAUCACGGAUGUCAUUGAAGCUGCGAUCGAGGCCGAUCUGUAUGUCAUCCUGAGACCAGGACCAUAUAUUUGCGCAGAAAUUGACAACGGUGGCUUACCAUACUGGUUAUUUACGAAAUAUCCGGGAAUCCAGGUGCGCACCAGUGAUGCCAACUACAUGAAAGAGGUAGAAAUCUGGUACGAGAAACUUAUGUCUCAAUUGACUCCAUACAUGUACGGCAACGGAGGUCCCAUCAUCAUGGUGCAACUUGAAAAUGAGUAUGGAGCGUUCGGAAAAUGCGAUAAACCAUACCUUAAUUUCCUGAAACAGGAAACCGAAAAGUACACUCAAGAUAAAGCUGUGCUUUUCACGGUGGAUAGACCAUACGGGGAUGAACUUGAGUGUGGUCAAGUUCCUGGCGUUUUUGUCACAACCGAUUUUGGUUUGAUGACCGACGAAGAGGUUGACACCCACCAGGCAAAGUUGCGAUCUGUUCAGCCAAAAGGUCCGCUGGUAAACACCGAAUUCUACACCGGAUGGUUGACACAUUGGCAAGAAAGUAACCAACGUCGGCCUGCUGAACCUUUGGCCAAUACGCUGCGCAAAAUGCUCCGAGAUGGAUGGAACGUUGACUUCUACAUGUACUUUGGAGGAACCAAUUUUGGUUUUUGGGCAGGCGCUAAUGAUUGGGGUCUAGGAAAAUAUAUGGCCGAUAUUACAUCCUACGACUAUGAUGCCCCCAUGGAUGAAGCAGGAGAUCCAACAAUGAAGUACACUAUCUUCAGGAAUAUUAUUGGAGAGUACAUUGAACUACCAGCCGUGCCUGUACCAGAUCGUGCUCCAAAGAUGAAACUGGGUGAUGUACAGAUGGCAAGUGUGGAUAGUAUUUUCUCAUCGAACUCAAGAAGCCUAUUAGGGUCUCCCGAAAGGACAUCGAGUCGUUUGAUGACUUUUGAAGAAUUGGAUCAAAACUCUGGCUUUUUGUUAUACGAGACUACGUUGCCCAAGUUCACGCGUGAUCCAAGCCAAUUGACGAUCAACGAUUUGAGAGAUAGAGCACAAGUCUAUGUGGAUGAGUUUUAUGUUGGUACUCUUGCAAGAGAAAACGCUAUAAAUAGUCUUCCAAUUUCCGCUGGAUGGGGUACGAAACUUUCAAUAUUGGUGGAGAAUCAAGGUCGUAUUAAUUUCGAUGUUCUUGAUGAUUAUAAAGGAAUCCUUGGGAACGUAACCAUUCAGACAUAUGAUGAACCGUACAACCAGGAACUAUCUAACUGGACUAUCACUGGUUAUCCGUUUGAGAACUUUGAUAAACUUAAACAGUUGACUGAUACGGUGUCCGACGGCCAAGGAUUAAAUGGACGAGGAAUGGCAAUUCAUGGCCCAGUAAUCUUCAAAGGAAGUCUUUUUAUUGAUAGCAGCGAUAUCCACGACACAUACAUUGACAUGACCGGUUGGGGAAAGGGUUUCAUCAUUGUAAAUGGUUUCAAUCUUGGGCGAUAUUGGCCAGUGAUAGGACCACAAGUGACCAUGUAUCUACCGAAGGAACUUCUGACACAGAGGUCAAAUGAGAUUGUUCUAGUAGAGCUGCAGAAAGCUCCGUCCGAUAAGUUGAUUCGUUUUACCGAUUCUGCCAUUCUCGAUGAGGCUUGACAAUAUUUACAACAUGAUUUCAAAUAAAACCUGAUCAUUGACUUUACC